AUGACUCUCCCAAUUUCUAGGUCGGUUACUAACAGUUCUAUAAAGCUGGUGGAUAAUUUGUCUGAUGAACAGGAACAUCGUCAUAGCCAAAUCAGUAAUGCAUCAUCCAUGUAUUAUAAUACGACACGUGACUCGUUUUUUCUCGCCUCCAAAAAUAUAAGAGUCAGCAGUAUUUCUACUGUGAUAAAAGCCAAAUCGAAAGACAGUUUCAGAAUAUUCCUAAAAGAAUUCAAGGAUAUACCAUAUGGAGAACAGAGUAGUAUACCCUGCACAGUCGCCAAGGAACCCCAGAACAAAUCAAGAAACAGGUUCAAAACAACAUUUCCAUAUGACCAUUCCCGCUUGAUUCUGCAGUCAAAUGAGAACGACUAUAUCAACGCUAACUUUAUAAGGGACCUAGAAGGGAAUAGAAAAUACAUAGCGUCUCAAGGCCCCAAACCAAAUACAUUGUCGGAUCAUUGGUUGAUGAUCUGGCAGGAGAACGUUAACGUCAUCAUCAUGCUUACAAAUUUAGUGGAGGGAAGCAAGAAGAAAUGUGGACAAUACUGGCCAGACUCAGAAGAAGAGGAGAUGACGUACGGAGACAUAUCUGUACGCUUAUUGAAAGAGAAGCAUUAUGCAUAUUACGUCAUCCGACACCUUCAAGCACGACGAAAUUCAGAAUCUACAACCAAGGACGUGAUCCAAAUGCACUACACUCACUGGCCAGAUCAUGGUGUCCCUGAUCCUGUAGAUCUGAUGAUCUUUCAUAAACACGUGGUGCGGAUCCAGGAAAAAAGCAAGAAUAGUGUUCUAUUGGUACAUUGCAGCGCCGGUAUAGGUCGCACAGGGACAUUUUUAGCAUUAGAUGAAUUGUAUCGCUACGGCUGCAUACAUGGAACCUUUAACGCUGUUGAUUACGUUAAAACAAUGAGGGAAGAUCGCAUGAAUAUGAUACAAAAUGUGGACCAGUAUGUCUGUCUUCAUUUUGCAUUGAAUGAGUCCUUUAAAGGAAAACAACGGGUGAAGGACAAAGCUUCUUUUAUCAAGAAACAAAGAGAAAAUCCGAGUGGUUCUGAACUGACAUCAGAAUUCGAAGAGCUAAUUUCCAUCAAAAAACAAUAUAUAGACGCAGAUAAAGAGGCGGGAAUAUCGCACCAAGAACUAAACUACACAAAGGAUGUUUUACCAGUCGACAGGUUCAAGGUGGCCCUGUCUUCGUAUGUUGAAGGACGAACUUAUUACUACAAUGCAGUCUUCGUUUCGUCUUUCUGUGAGAACAACGCCCUGAUAGCUGCCCAGUAUCCAGUGGAGGGACAGGCUGUAGAUUUCCUGAGACUCCUAGUGGAUCACGAAUCGAACACUCUUGUAUCUAUCAAUCCUCUUAAGGAUAUACCAUCGGCAAGGGAAUGGCUUCCAAGGGAGAACCCAAUCGCUAUUGAAUCAUACAGUAUUUCCAAGCUGUCUUCUUCGAACAUAACGCCUUCUGUCCGAAAAACUGAUAUAAUAAUAAAGAAUGAUGAGUCUGAGACACAGGAAGUUAGUAUUUACGAACUAACAACAUGGAAGAUGAAUGACGUCAUCCCACGUGAUCUUCAAAUGGUUGCAGAUGUCAUUGAUCAUGUGAUGAAAAGAAAUAAAUCAUCAGAGACUGUGAAUCCAGUAACCAUUGUCUCAAAAGAUGGCGCCACAGGUUGUGGUAUGGUCUGUGCAGUGUAUAAUACCCUCCAACAACUACAGCAGGAUGAUGAAGUAGACAUGUUUAGUAUAGUCCGGCAGUUACAGAUUCGUAGACCGGAAAUGAUCUCAUCGAAGGAAGAAUACAUAGCAUGUCACAAGAUCGUGGCGUCAACUCUAGAGGACUUUCCGAAUGAACCUGACGGUGAGACAGUCUCUGAAACAGGCGAGACAUCACGAGACCUCUAUAGCAACGUAGAGAUAGUGUAUGCAAAUGGAUAGAGAAAAUUGUGCCAAUGUGUGACAUAUAGAAGCAUAUUAUAAAGAUAGAGAAAACGGAGUCAAUGUGUGACAUCUAGAAGCAUUAUAUAAUAUGUUUCUGAUUGUUUUUUUUAUAUACUAAAAUAUACUUUAUGUCAUUUCUAAGCGUUUGUAUAUUGUGUUAA